AGUACAGAUAUAGAUCAGAGCUAGCCAGAAGAGUAGCGAGCUCUCCGAUCCGGUGACUGAGCUGCACUGAUCUGCACUGAUCUGAGCUUUAUUUUCUGUGGAUUUAUAUGAUUUCGGAACUACUCUUUCAGCAAAAGCGAAAGUCUUAUAGAUUUUUAUCCAACAAGUGUCAUUAUAUUUGAAAACGAGACUCUGAGAAGCUUAUGAACCAACUCUUUCGAUUCGGACAGCGGAUUGGUCAGACUAGUCUAACGCCGGCCGAGGACAUUGAAGCGGGAAUUAAGCAACAUGGAAACGACCUGGCGCAGAUAAUCUACCAGAUUGAAGAGCGCCAACUAAACUCCAACACCAACCAACUUGAUUUUAGCGCCACGUUUCUGCGACGAGAAAAGGGUCUCGGAAAGGGUGGUGCCAAGCGUCAUCGCAAGGUUCUCCGAGACAACAUCCAAGGUAUCAUUGGAUCUGAGCUUUAUUUUCUGUGGAUUUAUAUGAUUUCGGAACUACUCUUUCAGCAAAAGCGAAAGUCUUAUAGAUUUUUAUCCAACAAGUGUCAUUAUAUUUGAAAACGAGACUCUGAGAAGCUUAUGAACCAACUCUUUCGAUUCGGACAGCGGAUUGGUAAGCCUGUCAGCGAAAUUCAAAAGCACAUUUACAGUAAACUAACCAACAUACUAACAAAACCCAAUGCUAACAGUACUUCUAAUAAUAUUCAAACUAUCCAAAAAGGGAUAAUGGAAACGGAAGAAACAGAUAUUUCUUCGGGAGAAGAUGCAUAUUAUCAAGCCGCAAUUGGUAAUGUAAUGAUGACCCCGAGCAGUAAUAGAAAACACGGUAUAUUCCAAGCUCAUCUCAAUAAAUCAAAUGAUAGAGAGAGUUCUACAGAAGUUGAGAGUGAAAUGGAGUGGCGAAAAGUGGAGAGAAAAAAGAGAAAAGCAAGUACAAGAACUAUAAAUGAAGACGACAAGAGAGUUAGGAAAGGAAGUUUCGAAAACAAAGAAGGGUCGAGUUCAAAUCGUAAAAAGCAGAAUAUCAGACAUGUCAGAAGUGAGAAUAAAUCUAUGAUAGUAGAAAUAAGAGAUGUAGGCGAGAAUUCAAGCAUAAGCAAAAUAAGCCCAGCAAAACUCAUUAAAGAAAUCAACUCAAAGUAUGGUGAGGUGAGUAAAAUUAUGAAAGAAAAGGGAGGCCUGAAAGUUACUUGUAUUGAUGAAACACAGAUGAAAAAGAUUUUAGAAAUGACUGAAUUAAUUCACACCCCUGUCAAGGUUGCACAAUAUAUACCCAUUACUCAAAUCCGUGGUGUUAUUCAUAAAGUAGAUACACUAAUCACGGAGGAAGAACUCAAUGAACUCUUGAAAGAACAAGGUGUGACGUAUGUAAAGAGAUUCAAUAAAAGAAUAAACGGUGAAUUAUCACCAACCCCUUCUGUUCUUUUAGUAUUCAAAGGACCAAAUCUUCCACACCAUGUCUCCUUUCUAUACCAAAAAUAUGUAGUUGAUGAGUUUGUCCCUACUGUAACAAGAUGCCAUAAAUGCCAGCAAUUUGGGCACAUCCAAAAGAAUUGUAAGGGUCAUUUAAGAUGUGUAAGAUGUGGUGAGACCCACACUUUUGAAAUGUGCCCCAAUAAAGAUAGCCCAAAAUGCUUGAGAUGUAACCUUAAUCAUUCAGCGGCCUAUCAAGGAUGUACCUAUUAUAAGGAAGCAAAAAAUAUUCAAAAUGUCAGCCUGCAAAAUAAUUUAACUUAUGCUCAAGCAACAAAAAUAUACCAUCAAGAAAAAAAAGAAGAAAAUCACUCGAAAGAUCGUGAAUCAUCAAACAAGAAUAUUAUCAAACCCCCCAAAGGAAAGAAAAUCCCAGAUCAACCGAAUAUUUUGGAAGCUAAAGUAGAUCAAAUACCAACGGUAAAGAGGUCGACAAUAAAAACGGCGACCAUAUCCACUCAAACAGAAACGGCGGAAAAGUCUGUACAGACAGAUGCGCAAGAAUUCACUUGUAAAGAGAAUAAUCGUAGGCCUAAUGAAGCAGAAGAGUCUGGACCUGUAAUUCCCGCAUCCACAGAAAAUGCUAGAGUCGACUUUUUGGCAUUCAUCACUUUUAUAGUUAACAACCUUGACAAAGAAACUUCUCAUUCAAACAGAAUUAGAUUAGUGGUUGAGGCAGCCAAGCGAUGCUUAGACAUCAACGAGGUGUCUCCAGAGAUGAUCCACGAUCGUCUUUAGUAAUAAAGACAGCUCAAAUACAAUUAACGCUCGGCCUUUAAAUAUUUUACAAUGGAAUGCCCAAAGCAUGAAUGCUCACGGUCCAGACUUUUACAAAGAGCUAAUAGAAAAUGUAGAAUUAAACUCCAUCCCUGCCUUGAUAUGUUUACAAGAAACAUGGUUCACUGAUUUUAAUAUAUUAGCAAUUCCAGAUUUCAUCCCAGUAAUAAAAAAUAGAGGCCAAGGAGGAAGAGGAGGAAUUGCAAUAUAUGUGCAUAAAACAGUUACUUUCAAAGAAGUCAAUUUGCCUCAAAUCAAGGAAUAUCAAAGAAUUGACAUUUUCACUUAUGACAAGGUCAUUUCAUUAAUCAAUUAUUAUAAUCCUUGUCAAAAGAUAGAAUUGCGAGAUUUAGAAAAUUUGAUUGAAAAUUGUUCAAAAAACAUAAUAAUUACAGGUGAUUUCAAUUCACACAACCCUCUGUGGGGUAGCAUAAAGCGAGAUAGUAAUGGGACAUUAGUUGAAAACUUUAUAACAAAACAUGAUUUAGUAGUGUUGAACGAUGGGACGCCUACAAGAAUGGACAUCCAUACAGGGACAAGGUCUUGCCUAGACUUAACAAUUGCUUCGAAGGAAAUCGCCAGCAAACUAAAAUGGAACGUGCUAGGAAAUUUCGGGAGCGAUCACAAUGUUAUCAAGUGCUCACUGCACGAAAUAGAAUUUGUAGAUGAUAACAUCAAUCCUCAUGAAAAGAAUUGGUCCUUCAAGCACGUAAACUGGGAAAUAUAUCGGGAAAGAUUGAAGCAUAAAUUUAGUAAAAUAAAGAUAUUACAUUUUUCACAUGAUCUGAAUAUUCAAGAUAAGUACAAUUUGAUUUUGCAGAUUAUUAACGAAGUGGCAGAAGAAACCCUUCGCAAAGCAGGCAGAAAUCGAAAAGCAAAAAAACCCAGUACCUUGGUGGACACUAGAAUACCAAGAAGCAAUCAAAGAAAGAAAUAAAUAUAGAAAUCGAUUAAAUAGACAUUUUAGAAAGGAUGACUUGGAAAUGUACAGGAAAAAGAAAGCAUAUGCUCAAAAAAUAAAGAGACGAACACAAAAGGAAUACUGGUUAAACUACUGUCAGUCUUUGAGGAGAACAUCCAACUUAGGCAAAGUAUGGGAUAUGGUGAAAGGACUACGAAAUGGUUCUGUCUCCAAACAUAUAUUUCCCAAUUUAUUAACAGGAAACAAUACACCAAUAGCUAAUGCUCAAGAAAAGGCAGAAUUGAUUGCUAAGGCUUUUAAAACGAUCGACAAUCGAUUAGACAAUGACGAGAUUAUUAGAAGAAAUUCAUUUGAAAAUUUGAUACGAAAUACGAUCGAAGAAAGCUACUCCUCUGAAACACCUCUUAAUGAUGAAUUCACAUAUAAUGAAUUAACAAGCGCUGUUAAGGAUAUGAAAAAUUCUGCAGCAGGUACAGAUGGUAUCAAGUCAAUUAUGAUACAACACCUACCAAAAAUAGCUCUUCAGUUCAUAUUAGUUUUAAUAAACAGUAUUUGGAAUUCCUCAAUUCUACCCACAGAUUGGCAUUAUUCUACCCAGAUCCCUGUACUUAAACCAGGUAAAGAUCCAACGAACCCUUCUUCAUAUCGACCCAUUUCCUUGACAUCAACUCUCUCCAAACUGAUGGAAAGAAUGGUUAAAAAUAGACUCGUAUGGUUCAUGGAGCGAUGCAGUAUCCUGACACCAACACAGGCUGGAUUUAGAAAAAAUAGAAGUUCUUUAGAUCAGCUCCUUAGAUUAGAAACAGAUAUACAGAAAGGAUUAGCUAACAAAGAGUAUGUUCUAGUUAUUUUCAUUGACCUUGAAAAAGCAUAUGACCUUUUAUGGAGAAAGGGAAUAGUAUUUAAAUGUCAUCAAGCUGGUAUAAAAGGAAAAAUGUUACAGUGGAUUAAUUCAUUUUUACAAGAUCGAUAUUGCAAGGUAAAAGUUGAUGGUCAGUUAUCUUCACAGUUUGUUCUGGAAAAUGGAACGCCCCAAGGUAGUGUGAUUAGUCCAAUUUUGUUCAAUUUAAUGUUGAAUGAUCUAAAACUGAAAGAAAAAUCUGUAAAAAAUCUCUAUGUAUGCCGAUGAUAUUGCCAUAUGGUGUUCAGGCAGAAAUCUUGACUUUCUACAAAAGAAAAUUAAGAAAGCUUUAAAAGAGAUUGAACAAUGGUGCUCAACCUGGAGUAUGAUUAUAUCUCCUCAAAAGUCUGCUGUUAUGAUUUUUACCAAUAGGCAGCAAAUAGAGGUAAAUAUUGAGAUUAAAGAUAAAUCUAUACCACAAUACAAAGAAUAUAAGUUUCUGGGCAUUUGGUUUGAUGUGAAACUCACCUGGAAAAAGCACAUAGAUUAUAUAAAACUCAAAUGUUCAAAAAGAAUCAAUUUGUUACGGUGUAUAGCAGGAACGAGUUGGGGAAAUAAUAAAACGAUUCUUUAUAUUAUAUACAAAGGUCUUAUUAGAUCCAUAUUAGACUACGGAUGUGAGUUAUACGAUUCGGCUAGCCUUUCACUAAAACAAGAAUUAGAUUCAGUCCAAUAUCAGUCACUGAAAAUAAUAACUGGUGCAGUAUAUAACCCUGCCCUUGAAGCACUGCAGGUUGAAUGUGGUGAACGACCUUUACAACUAAGAAGAGAACUGUAUGUUGAUAAAUACAUGUUUUAUCUUUUAACAAAUAGAGAUACUCAUCAUCCUACUUUAGAAAUUAUUGAACCUUCCUGGUAUAUUGAUCAAUUUACUUGGAAAGUAGGUCAUGGACCCUUUGUAGUUAGAGCAUGUAAGCCAAAUGAAGAAAUCCAAAUUGAACAACUAAGCCAAAGAAUAUUACGAGAACCUUUUUGGUCAUAUGAAAUACCAAAUAUAUCUUACUAUAUCCAUAAUGUUAUCAACAAACAACGUAACUUAGUACAAGAUAUGAAAAACUGUGUCUUAGAAAGGACACAUACAAGAUGGAAAGGUUACUUAAAGAUCUACACUGAUGGAUCAAAACAAGAAGACAAGAGAACCGGCUCUGCUUUUUAUAUACCAGAACUGGACAUUAAAAAAUACUAUAGAUUAAAUUCUGUAAGUAUAAUGAGAGCCGAAUUAACAGCAAUUGUAAUGGCACUUGAUUGGCUAGGAGAUAACAAAGGAAUGUCCAUCAUAAUUUUUACAGAUUCAUUGUCAGCUCUUCAAGCACUCGAAAGCAAUCGAAUUCAAAACAAUCUUAUUGUUGAUAUCUUAUAUAAAAUCAAAGUUUUACAAUCAUCAGAUAUUUAUGUCAACUUUGAAUGGAUACCAUCCCAUUGCGGUAUUCACGGGAACGAAGUGGCAGACCAAUUAGCAAAAAAAGGAGCAUCAAAAGAAGAAGUUGAAUUACACAUUCCAUAUAUCAAAGAGGAAUGGAAAAACCACAUGUCUUUGAUUUAUAAAGAAAUCUGGCAGGCUCAAUGGGCAUCCUCAUCUAAAGGAAGACAUUUAUUUAGCAUCCAACCCAACGUGGCAGAAACAAUUAGUUAUCAAGGUCUCAUUCGAUUUGAAGAGACUAUGAUUCACCGGCUAAGACUUGGAAAAUGUAAAUUGAAUUAUUAUCAGUAUAAAUGUAAUCAACAUGAAAAUGGUCUAUGUUCACAUUGUCAGGUUCCUGAGACAAUAGAACAUUUUUUACUACAUUGUAAUAAAUAUGAAAGAGAAAGAAGAACUAUGCAAAGAAGCCUGAAAUUAAAUACGCCAAUAUCAGACCUAGCAACAUUAUUGGGAAGAAAUGCAGAUUAUAAAGUAAUCCUGAAUUAUGUGAAAAAAACAAAGAGAUUCGAAUAAGAAUAUUCCACUGAUCUCUCUCCAUCUCUCCCUCUCGCUUCCUUUUGUUCUGAGGAUUAUAUUUAGUGAUGUUAAUUCUUAUAGACUACUAAAAUUGUGUUUCGACAUAGCUUCUUAUAAAAGUUUGCAUACUAUGAAGUACAAAAAUGCACAAUUUAAUGGUGGAGGUAACUAAUCUUAAUUAUAUUGCACCUCGCUAUAUGACAGGUCAGACUAGUCUAACGCCGGCCGAGGACAUUGAAGCGGGAAUUAAGCAACAUGGAAACGACCUGGCGCAGAUAAUCUACCAGAUUGAAGAGCGCCAACUAAACUCCAACACCAACCAACCUUUGCUCAUUCUCCUGAGGACGACAAGAACACACUUGUCGAAACGUCGAGAUUGGGUGGUCCUUUUCAGGACCAACAUAUGCCCAAGAAAGAAUACAUGGUGUACCGUGAAACCUACUACACUGAACCUCAUUUUGUUUUCGGACUAAUGUACCUUCGGAAUUACGAACCUUCGGAAUAAGGAACCUUCGGAAUAUCCGAACCUUCGGAAUAACGAAGCUUCGGAAUUACGAAUGUAUGCGUAAUUUUUGAGGGGCGGUAACGGCACGCAAAGCGUGCCAACAAUUAGACAGCACGCUCCCUAGGGGGAAGGGAUGACUUUUUGAUAUCUCAUCACAUUUAAAUCAAAAGACAGAUAUUUCUUGCGUCUAUACCCUUAUCAACUCGAACUCAAUUGACUUGCUGUGAUUAUAAAAACUUGUUUUCGAAAGAAAUAUGAGCUCCCCAAAAUGGGAAAAGAUUGAGGAAUUUGAAAUAAUUCCUCUUACCGCGCGAAACGCGGAAGAUAAAACCUUUUAUAAAAAUUGAGAACAGAAGUGGUAUGAAAUUCCCAGCUUGGUCACAUCAGAUCUGAUUGCAAAAACUUUAGCCAAAUUAAAUUUCUUUAACUCGCAAAACAGAGUAGAAGACAGGAAUAUAUGCAGGGAUGAAAUAUUCCUUCCCGCGAAUAUGGCGUUCAAGCUCAAGUAGUAGUAGGUCCAUGAUGAUAUUAAUCUAGAAGCAGCCACCCUUAUUAAACAAAAUCUUACUUCCCAUAUAACUCUGGUGGAUGAGACAGCCAUUAAUGAAGCAAUGAUUUCUAUUAAUAAUUAGAUUCAGCCAAAAUUACGAAAUGCUAUACCCAUCUACUAAUAAUAAGCCCAGAAAAACAAAGCAGUUUUUAUGAAACCAUGGUACAACCACAGCUGCUAUAGAUUGAGAAACAGGUAUCGAAAUGUAAACAAAAAUCCUUUAAAAAAAACAGACUGACUACAAUAGGCAAAACAUGAUUCAAUGUGGGAAAAGGUAUAAAAUUAUAAGUAUCUCAAUAACAAACUAUACGAACUUUGAGACCUACUAAACCGAGGGAUUUUUGGAAAAUUCUCCAAAGCAAUAGUGUAAAUAAAAAUAUAAAGAUAGAGGCUAAUUUUGCUGAUCUAUAGUUGACCACUUUGAGGAUUUAAAUCAAUCUUACGAUAACUUCCCCUCUCCUACAAUCCAACAUUUUGAUAAUCCGGCCAUCAAUGAUGAAUUUACUCUAAAAAAUGAAAAGGAUCAAAGAUUAUAAUAGAUGGAACUAUAAAUGAGUUCUUAACAGAUACUUCGGCGGUUAUUAUUCCAAUCCUUACUAGGUUAUUCAACAUUGUAAUCAAUAGUGGUAAAGUUCCUGAUGUUUGGGGUAUUGGUGUUAUAACUCCUAUCUUUAAAAAAUAAUGGUCCUGUUAAAAAUACUGGAAAAUUAUCGAGGGGUCUCGAUCCUUAGCUGCAUUGGCAAACUGUUUACUUUACUUCUAAAUGAGAGAUUAACAAAAUAUAUUGACGUUGGUAUCUUAGGGGAGAAUCAAGCAGGAUUCAUGCACAAAUACUCAACCAUUGACCAUAUAUUCUGUUUAAAAUGCAUUGUUGAUAUUUAUACAAGAUUCCUAAAUAAGAAACUUUUUGGUGUUUUUAUUGACUAGUAAUGACAUUAAUGGUAAAAUUCUUUCUGAUGUUUCGAAAGUAUCCAAGUGGUUUAUAUCUGAAAUAUUCCCCAUACAGGUGAUAAUUUGUCGUCUCUCCUCUUCUUUCUUUAUCUAAAGGAUCUUGAAACUGAGCUUAGUAGAAAAUAUAAAGGCACCUCGAACCUCUCGGACCUGAUUGAGAAUAAAAUAGUUCAUACUGUUAUUCAAGGAGACUGUAUAAGUUCUUCAAAAAUUAAUGUCAAAAUUGUAAAUCCGAGUAUAGGCGGAUUGGAAAUAAAAAACACAGCACAGAGUACAGCUUUGUCGCAAAGCUGAAACAGGAGAAAUACUAAUUUUGAACAUUAAAAUCUAUCCAAUAUUUUUAUUCACGAAAUGAAUUCACAGCGAAAGGCUGAACUACAUGAAUGUGUACAGAGUAAAAAAUCAGUAGGCCUAGGCCUAAACAAACAAGUAAUACAAAUGCCUAAUAUCCAUUAAGUUAGGCAUGGAUAUACAGAGAAGGUAAAUUAAAGGGAAUAAAUUGAAAGAGGGAACAUGUCUUUCGUCCAAAGGAUAUCUUAAUAAAACAUUAAUUCGGGAUUUGAUAAGUUUGUUAACAAAGUAAGGAAAUGUUGAAUUUGUCCGAAAAGUGGCAUUUUUUUUAUUAGACAAAGCUUUCAUUUCCCAAUCUUUAAAAAGUAAUAUCACUGUAUUCGGAGGAGAAUUCAUGAGUUAAAAGCACACUGUUAAGUGUUUUACUGCAGUCGUCAAUUUAAAGAGAGUAGGUACAUAUCAAUUAUUUAACAUGUUUAAAGUAUAGAUACAGAACCCAAAUAGAAAUUGGUGUAUAGUUCUACAGUUAGGGUGAAGCCACAACAACCUUAAAAACAGUCAAAACGUUCCUCAUAAAUAAUAGCAAGUGGAAAAUGUAAUGCAAAUGAGUCAAGCAUUGUCAUGUGGGGCUAGUCUUGUUAAAUGUUAAAUGAAGUAUUAAAAUCCUUGCACCAGUCAAGUGCAUAAGCUUUGAUGAAGAAAAAACAAUGCUGCAAUUGUAUGUGUUACAAUUGUCCCACAGGCAUGUUACAAUAACCCCAUGUUGUGGGGCAAUUGUAACACUUGACCUCUUAUUUUCAAAUGAUAGUAGCUUCUAAAUUAAAGGGGAAUCCAACCCAAAUAAAAACUUGUUUUUAUGAGAAAAAGAAAAAUCAGACAAGUUGAUAAGUGAAAGUUUGAACGGUAUUGGACAAACAACAAGAAAGUUAUGAAUUUUUAAAAGUUGUAGAUAUUGGUAAUCACUAUACUCAUGGCGACUUCAAAUUGGCCGCAUAUGGGAUGUCAUAGUGAUGUAAGGCAAGGACUACUCUUCCAUGUGCUCCAAUACAUAUUAUGGCUAAAAUGUCAUUUUUCCCCAAAGUUUUAUUUCAAAUUAUAUUUUUCUUUCAUGAGGACAUUAAACAAAAUACUACCUGGGUUAUAUUUAGAUUACUGCCCCAGGGGAAUGGGUACUUAGGAGAAAACCACAAAUCCCUGAUAAUAAAGUACAUGGCCUAUGGAAAAGUUGUCCUUGCCCCUUGUCAUAAUUUACUUACCCAGUUGCCAAUUUGAAAUCUACAUACUAUUAGUGAUCUCAAUUUUAAAGCAGCUAUAACUUUCUUAUUGCUUGUCCGAUUUCUUUCAAACUUUCACCAUCCUGUUUAAUUUAUUUUUCUCCUUCCCAACACAAUAUUUUAUGGCAAAGGUUGGAUUCCCCUUUAAUUGUUUAACUUAAUCCAAACCUAUUCGUGGUGUCAAGCCAAGAUAUGCAUCUUCGUUUUAUUUAGGUUUUUUAGCAGGCAUUUAGCUUUAAUAAGGUGUAU